UCGUUGACCAACACUCUUCUCAGCUGAUAGCCUGAAAUAACUGCAAAGUCGAAAUUGCCUGUAAUAUUUUAAAAUUAUAGCAUUUUCAAUAAAACAAACUCAAAAAAAAUGUCCGUGUUAAAUGUAUCAAGUGCCGAGGAAUAUGAGAAAUAUAUAAACUCUGAAAAAACAACCGUGGUCCUUUUUGCCGCCGACUGGGCCGAACAGUGUGCUCAGGUUAAAGAUGUGCUGGAAGAGCUAACCAAAGUCUUGGGUAGUGAGAAAUUGCAAUUUAUUAGCCUUAAUGCCGAACAAUAUCCUGAGAUUUCUAUGAAACAUCAAAUUGAUGCCGUACCCACAGUUAUUUUCUUUACUAAAGGUUCGGCUGUAGACCGAGUCGAUGGUGUGGACAUAGCAGCCAUUACAAGCAAGUCCAAGAAAUUGGCCGAGAGUGCUAGCAGUGCCGCAGCUACUGGCCAAUCUUUGGAUGAACGACUGAAGGCUCUGAUCAAUAAGUCUCCGUUAAUGAUUUUCAUGAAGGGUGACCGUGAGGCACCCCGUUGUGGCUUCUCCAAGCAACUUAUAGCUAUUGUUAACGACACAAAUUUACCAUAUGAAACGUUCGAUAUACUCGGAGAUGAGGAAGUACGACAAGGCUUGAAAACCUACUCGGACUGGCCCACAUAUCCUCAAGUCUAUGUAAAGGGCGAAUUAAUUGGCGGCUUGGAUAUCAUCAAGGAACUUGUUGCCGGCAAUGAACUGGAAGCCACCCUCAAGGGCUGAGACUUUGAGAAUCUACCACCCCAAAUCAGGAACAAAGAAACAUAACACAUGUCCAAUAACUUUUAUAUAAUUUAAUAAAAGCAAUUUGACCAUUAAAAA